AUGUCAUCGGUUUUCAAAAACGGACGCAUUUUUGUGCCACAAGCCUCAAAUCAUGGCGCUGACUUCGCCGAGGGAAUGAUAAUUGAGAACGAGAGGAUCUCCUACGUCGGCUCUCUCGAUGAGAUUACCAUACCAGAGGAUGCAAAGGUCAUUGACUUGCAAAGCCGCACUGUCAUCCCGGGCUUCAUCGAUGCCCAUGUACACAUUCUACACUACGGACAAUCCCUCCAUAAAGCAGAUCUCAUCGGGUGCACCUCUCUUGAUGAAAUUCGCGAGACCAUCAAGUCCUACGCCGAAGCUCACCCCUCUAUUCCUCGCAUCUUCUGCCGAGGCUGGAUUCAAUCAUCCACCAACGGAGUCGCAUUAGCUAGCAUGCUUGAUGGGAUUGACUCACGUCCUAUCUUCGUUGAUUCUUUUGACCUUCACUCUAUGUGGUGCAGCUCGGCUGCUCUCGACGAGAUGAAAGUUCACACUGCACCCGAUCUUCCCGGUGGCACAAUCCAUCGCGAUGAGAAUGGGAGAGCCUCGGGCCUACUCGAUGAAUCUGCUCUCAUGAACCUUGCAUGGCCUUACAUAGAAAGUGUCACAUCUAUCGAAGACAAAUUAAGUGCAUUGGACACUGCGGUCGCUGCAUACACUGCUGCCGGCUAUACUGGAUUAGUAGAUAUGGCCAUGGACGAAAGCACGUGGGAGAUCUUGAACCUGUAUCGUCGGGAUCAUCAUAUCCCAUUCCAUAUUGGUGCACACUGGCUUGUUCCCUUCUCAGCAGAUCAAAAAGCCAAUUUCAAAUACGUCGACCGAGCAAUCGAAUUACACCAUCAAUACAAGCAGCCCGAUUUCUGCAUCGUCGGAAUCAAACUCAUCUGCGAUGGCGUGGUCGAUGGAUGUACUGCCGCCCUCCUCCAGCCCUACACCGGCAAAUCGGAUCCCGUAGACCCUAUCUGGCCCGAGGACAUGCUACAAGAAGUCGUUCAACGCGCCGACUCGGCAGGGAUACAGUGUGCAAUCCACGCAAUCGGCGAUAGAGCAGUUCAUCAAGCAAUCAACGUUCUCUCGCGGGUGGGCACACCGGGCAGAAGACACCGAAUCGAACAUUUGGAAUUGACGACUUCCGAAGAUGCCAAACGGCUCGGUCAAUUAGGCAUCACUGCUUCUAUCCAGCCUGUUCACUCCGACCCUAUGCUCUUCAAGGCGUGGCCGGGACUAGUCGGCCCCGACCGCUGCAAGCGGGCAUUCGCAUACAAGGACUUUUUGGACGGCGGGGCUCCGAUUGCAAUUGGCACUGAUGCACCUACGGCGCCUCAUAUGCCCUUCCCGAAUCUUUACAACGCUACGACUCGGCGGUCGGCACUUGAAAUACAGAGCGACAAUACUGUCAAUCCGCACUUUGCGCUGAGCUUGGCUGAAGCGGCGACUGCUGCUACUGCCGGUGCUGCCUACGCUCGGUUUGCGGAUGGUUGGACUGGGAGUCUGCAAAAGGGACUCUAUGCUGACUUUGUGGUUGUGGAUAUGCAGUGGACGCCGGAGAAACUACUUGGGGCAAAGGUCUGCCAAACUUGGUAUCGAGGGAAGAAAGUAUUUGAUUCUUAG